AUGCGGAACCUGCUAUUCUCCUUAACGCUUUUACUUUCAUCUGCCGCUGAACGGUGCCCGGAGCAGCACUAUGCUGUCACAGAUGACGGGAGCACGCUGUUUUCUUCCUGUGGAAAGAACAUUCUCCGAUGGAAUUUCGAUGGAGAGCAAACAAAGCUGGAAGCGCAGCACCAAAGUAUCUCGCCGAGUUGCUCUGACGAGUGGAUAGCGAAAAGUACAUGCCUUGACUCGGCUGACCCUCUCAGAAGUUUUUACGACAACAACUGUCCCUCUUCGAGCAUCGUCAAGUCGCUCCAAAUCUACGACUAUCCAAAGUCGUCAUCGCUCAUCGUUUGCGAUGACUUUUUUGGCGGCACCUUCCACAUGUUCAAACUCAACAACUUUCCCGAUCAGCGAGGGCGACCAUGCAAAGACGGGGCGAGAUCCUUUUUCCUUGCAAAAGAUCAAAGGCUCAUGGAGCGCGAAGCUGAUGAUCCACUCGUUGAAAUCGGCGAGGUAUUCUCGAAAAUUGUCUCCGACGACGACGGUCGAGCACUGCUGGUAGUUGCCUUCAACGUAAAAGACGACAUCAAGAGAAAAUACGCGCCUCUGUCAAUCAGACGGUUCAGCGAAGGAGACAACAAAUUCCAAAGAGCAGAUGAGAUCUUUUCAAGUACGGAAACAACCGCCUUCGCAACGAUUGACAAUAAGAUCGACUUCAACAUCGGCGUUGAUUGGGACAAGCGACCGCAGUUUCAUUCGAUUAUCCAUUUCCCCAAACAGAAGAGAGUUAUCGUCGGCUACAACACUUACGAAUCCACUUCGAAAAGUCGAUUUGCACACAUUUGCCUCCUCGAUGAUGAAAAUCGCAACCUAAACAAGAAGUUUCUCGAGUUCGCCGUCAACUGCGGGGGGAAAACAAAAGUAACUGAUGUUCUCAGCUUUGAGUACUCUUGGGGAAAUAAUCGUCGAUCGCCAGAGAAGUCGAUUCUCUUCCGAAUGUCUGACGGAUCAAUCUGUUUUCAAAAACAGUCCGUGCUCGAGAACCAAAUUCAAAAUCGCCUUCAAGACAGGUUUCAAAACUGCGACAAAUCGCAAUGGAGAAAUGUCAAAUACUCAGACUGGAUCAAGAACAACCCAGAAGACUGCCAUCCUCGUUUUAAGAACAUCAAGCAGAUUUGCGAUGACGAUUUUAAAUAUACGCUGGAAAGCAUGGGAAUAACCGCAAUUGACUCUAUCUCCCUGGUUCCUGUCCAAAGCUAUUCAAACGAAGGCAACAAUCACUUGAGAAUUGAGAACUCAUUUCAAAGCUGGAGCUUUUCUAGCGUCAAAUCUAACGAGAAAGCUUACAACUUUAUCGAAGUCAUCGAAGGCGAAAAUGUUCGACGAUUUGUUGCCUCCCUCAGUCCCAGUAACUCGAACCUGUACCUCGCUGAAAUCGAUUCUUUUGCUGAGAAAACGAUAAAGAACUCGAUCACAAAAAACGCUACUAAGUGGACAUUUGACGGUGAAACUGUCCGAGCUGAGAAGGUCAACUCGUGUGAUCGGUACUCAUCAUGUGAAAGCUGCCUCGCAGAAAAGUCAGAUCCAACUUGUGGCUGGUGUAUCACUACUGGAAAAUGUUCAGACUUUUCAACGUGCGAACAAAACGAUCCAGCUUAUCAAUCGUUUCCUCGGCGAGUUAAAGAACCGCGCUUUUUGUCGAAAGAAGCAGAAGAUUAUUUCAGGCAACCAUGGUCACAUAAAUGUCCCUCUCUUUCUGUUAGAGAGGAAACAAUUAGUUACCAAAACUUGUGCGACAAAGGAAAAUCGUGCAAGGGAAAGUCCUUCUCCUCAAUUCAUGCCACUGUUGAUGGUCUUCCUGAACGAAGAUCUCUUCUUAUGAAAGAGCUUCAGUGUCGAUUUACAAAGAGCAAUAGUCCACCCGUGUCAGUUCCGCUAAAAAAUGAGCCGAUUGAGACUUACUCACAAGUCGGAGUUUACGAAGUUGACUGCGAGAAGCCGCCAAGUGAUUUUAUAGCUUCGAUGGAAAAUAGUCCCUCGAGCUCUGUAAAACUUUCGCUUGGAUUUGCACCGGUUCAGGGGCGAGACUUUGUGAGCAUCGCUACAGCAGACAUUGAAGUAUUCAAUUGUAACAAACUCAAAUCAUGCAAUACGUGCCUCAAUCCCAAAUACAACGGUUUCUGUCUCUGGUGCUACACCGACAACCACUGCGCCAAUACAAAAGAAGAAUGCCCUCAUAUCAAGAAUAUCCUUAAAUCGAAGUCGUCCUGCCCAAAUGUUCAAUUUCUCGACGAAUAUGUUUACAAACGACCUGGUAUGCAAACAAUUUCUUUGGCUGCAUCAAACUUCCGAAUAAAUGACGACUUCGACCUCGCUGAAGCAGAUGAUAUCCUUGUUGAACUAGAAUAUCUUGAUGUAAACAAGAAUGUCUCCGGCAAAUACGCACACCCUGGCGAGCUCAGCUUUCAGAAUCAGUUCGAUGACAUUCCCGCUUCCGCCGAUUUGGAGUAUCCCGUCAAUAUCACCAUCAGGGUCAAUAUGAAUGGGAACGAAGUGAUUGUCGAUAGAUCCGCUGGAGACAACGUUCAAGUUCAAUUUGACAUGUUUGAAUGUCCUCGUAUUAAACACUCGUGCUUUGGAUGUCUCAAUGCUAAGCCAGAGUAUGGCUGUGCAUAUUCGAUCAAAGAUGAAAAAUGCGAAAUCAGUAAGAAUGGCUUACUAAGUGAAAAUCAAGUUCUUCCUUUGCAAACAUGUCCAAAUCCUGAUAUCAGUAAAGUGACUCCCAAUCAUCUGCCACUGAAUUCUGGACCUAUUAUCGUGGAAAUAGAAGGUCGCAACUUCAAUCCGUCACCUGUUGGAAAUAGCGAAGUUUUCAUCGGUAAUUAUCCCUGCAGAGUUGUUUCGUGCACCAAAUAUGGCUUCGAGAAUCCAGAGCGAAGGAACAAGACUUGCUGUGAAUUCCAUUCGAAAUCCAAUAUACGAGCUGAUGGAAAGACAAAUGAUGAAGUUACUCUAUCAACUUCUGCUGAUUAUCAAGUCUCUGCGAAAUUCAGUUCUCUUGGUGUAAAGCUCGGUAACCCAAAAGCUCUAUCUUAUCCAGAAUUCGUCUACAGUGGUGGAUUUCAAGAGUUCACAAUUCGAGGCGAUUUCCUUGAUGCUGGGAGGCACGCUGAAAUCCAAAUCCUCGGCUCUCCAUGUACGAUCAUUGAGCCUCGUCUUGAAAACGAAAUCAAAUGCAUUACUGCGUCUUAUCAAUCAAUCAGAGAAGAUUCAAGCUAUCUACAGAUCAGUUCAAGUUCCCCAAUUUCACUGUCAGUGAAACAAAUUCGAGAUCCAAGACUUGAAAAGUUUGUGCCAGACAAAUGUAUCAAAAACGAAAAAGGAUCAAGUGAGGUUGAAGUUCAAUUUUUCGAAGACGGUCAUGCUAAAGCUUUUACUUUUGCUUUGCUGAAAUCACAAGACGGAAGUGAAGGAGAGUGUCGUAACAGUGAUGGAAAGCUUUACUGUCGAUGUCCAUAUUCAUCCGGUGCCUUAAUGGGUGAGGAACUCAACUUGGUGAUAACUAAAGAAUCAAAAGAAGAAUUGAAAACUCUGAAAGCACCUGAAUCCUUGCAAACGGCAGCAGAAGUGAAUGUUAUUAACAAGGAACCAAUUAUAAAGGUGACCCGCGAAAGUAAUGAGACUGUUAGCUCUGGCUCGUAUAUGAUCAAAGGUGGACCUUUCUGCUUGGGUUGGGAGAGAGAAUGUGAAGACAUUCCCUGGCGACUCAUUUUUCGAUCGAAAGAAAACGAACUAGAACUUAACAGAAGCAGCAUCAUCGUCAUCCGCAACGAAGUAAUUUCGUGGACUCCACCUUCCUUUGCGGCAUAUCAGGCAGUGUUUGGCUCGGACCAGGACGCUCCAAGCUUAAUAUUGAAAAAUGGUGGAUUUGAAAUUGAGGCUGUCGAAAAAAUUGAGUAUGAAUCGUCGAAUAUGAUCAUCAUUGCUGGAGGUGGUCUUGGUGUAGCGCUUGUCCUCGCGAUUGUCGUCUUUGCUGCUAGAAAAUCUCGCCGAAGAAAAGAACGAAAGACUGCACAAGAGAAAGAUCGGCUAUUGAAGGGAGUCGAUCGCACACAGAAGGACGAAGCAGAGAAAUAUAAACAACAUCUUCUCGGAGGAAUUCAGGAAAAUCGUCCAGAAUCGCGAAUGCCGCCGACAAUGCCGUUCCGCGAGUACAGGAGUUUCAUUCUUCAUUUUAUGUUUCCUCCUGAAGACGAGGAAAAUCGACUCUAUCAUCGAGAACUUUGUCCAUUUGGAACUCAGAAUUCUCGAGCAGGCACCAUCGACCGCUCGAUGGGACUCCAAGAGUUCAAAAAGCUCCUGGGGCAGCGAGAGUUCCUCCUUGUUUUCAUCAAGACUCUGGAAAGCAAUUCAAGAUUCACAUCACGUGAUCGUUCCAAAUUCGCUGCAUUCUUGAUGAUCUCACUUCAGGGAAAGCUCGAAUACGCAACGCUGAUUCUACAGUAUUUAAUUAUUGAUAUGAUUGAGAAGAUGCAACCGAACAACUUGGGAACAUUGUUUAGACAUUCCAACACGAUCGGUGAAAAAAUGUUGAGUUACUGGUUCGCAAUGCUCAUGUACAGAACUGUCUACAGAAGAACUGGUGAACACAUUUUCAAUCUCUUCAAAAAGCUCAAAGAUCUCGUGCACUCUGAGCCAGUAGAUCAGAUCACAGGCCAUUCGAGAAUGACCCUCUCUGAGCAGUAUCUCCUCAGGGUCAUCAAUAUCAAUACCAAUCAAUUGUCAAUAACGGUACUUCACCACGAGGGCGGCGAGCCCCAGUUCAUUCAGAUAUCUGGGCUUUAUUGUGAUACUGUCGAUCAAAUCAAGGAGCGCAUUCUGGACACGAUCUUCUGGGACAUGGAAUACUCAAAGCGUGACUCAGUGGCCGACUACGACUUGGAAUACGUUGACAACUCGUUGAAAAAUCCAGUUCGUCGGCUAAUGAAGAAUAUUGACUCAACCAGUGAAACGAAGGACGGACUUCGUAAACUCAACACAAUCGAUCAUUAUCAUAAGCUUUUCCUUCCAAAUACGAAGAAACUCGAUUUCACCGACAAGCGCUACCUUGAGCUCAAGCCAUCAACCAGCACCACAAUGCUAGGCCAGUCGCAUCAAUCUGGCUCCUCCUUAUCGCGUUCUAGAAUCAAUAUUUCCGACCAUCCUUCAUCUAGCAAUAUGACUGGAACGAUGGGCCGCUCAGGAACACCUCUUCAUGGAGAAACAGUUCGAGACGGGCGGCAGAUAAUCGACUAUCAUCAUGUUUACGAUGGCAUGAGCACGCGGAAACUGGCUGCUCCAGAUCACUUCACGCUCACGAUGAUCAGAGCAAAAGAAAGUCUGGAAACGCCGAUCCAAGUGUUGAUAGAAUCGAUUGUUUCUGUGGUGGACCGGCAGUACCAAAUGCCAAUGUGCAUCAAGUACAUGUUUGAUUUUCUGGACGACGAGUUCCAGAAGGUCCCUCAGCGGCAUCCGGAUACGAUUCAUAAGUGGAAGACGAACUCCUUGUUUUUGCGUUAUUGGGUCAAUCUUAUAAAAAACCCUGAGUUCUUAUUCGACAUCAACAAAUCAGUCGCUGUCAGCAACAGUUUGACUGUAGUCGCUCAAACUUUGAUCGACGGCUGCUCAACGACCGAAAGCGACCCACUGCUAGCUCAAGCGCAGUCUACGUCAAAGGUGCUCUUCAGCAAGAAUGUCCACAACAACUUCCGUGAAUGGGUACAAAGCUACUUUCAAGAGGUCGAAAUGCGGCCAGAGAUCCCGCGAGAUGAUUUCAUUCAUUUCUUGAGGGAGGAGAACGAACUCCACAUCCAAGACUUCAACAAGAACUUUGCCAUUCGGGAAUUAUUUAAUUACGCCAAAGAGUAUUAUAACGACCUUCUAACCGGGCUUAAUAAUGACCGCGAGUGCCACCAGCGAAAAUUCGGAGCGACCCUAUCCCGCUGCAUUUCGAUGAGUGCAAGCGCGCCUGUCUUUGCCUACGCAAACAACCACCCGGUGCCUGCCCCGCGGCGCGUUUUCCCUAAAUAA